AUGGCUCGCAGGGAGAAGCAGGCCGAGGCAGAGGCUGAACAGGGGAACAAGGCUGCACGUGAAGAACCAGAGCCGUAUCCUGGUGCCGACCGCGCACCUCAAGAACAGAACGACGCAGUGCCAGAGACAGAGCCGGAGGACCCAGCGGCAGGCUCUGCGCAUGCCGGUCAGAAGCGUAAAGAUGCUCCCACGACGUCUUCCAAAUCCGAACCGGACACCAAGGCACCACGACGGGGCUCCCGCACUUCACCUCGCAACGCAGAUCAUCCUGCCUCGCCCCAACAACUUCUCAAUUUCCUGCUCUCUCCCUCAGCGUUGCCCUACUGCUUCCCCGCGGACGAACUCGAAAACGCCCAGAAGCCCAAGGAGUCCAAGUCCUAUUCCCUAACUUCUCCGUCCAGCUUCACGCCCUUUGAGCACUUGCUCUGCGCACACAUGCUCUCCAAGCCGCUCUCGCACACUUUGGGCAUGCGGAGCAUUCGCACCCUGCUCAACGAACCUUUCAGCCUGAACACGCCCGAGGCGAUCAUCUCCGCGGGGGAGAAGGGGGUGUGGGAGGCCCUCGAGGCAGCGCGCACGCAACAUCGCCAGAAGACGGCUUCGUACCUCUUCCGCACCGCGGAACUGUAUCGUGAAUCCGAGACCAUGUUCAAGUUGGCCGAGAAGGCCAACGAGGGCGGGUCCCACGGUGUCAUCGAACAUAUCAAGUCGUCCGUCCCCGGCUUGGCGGUGACGGGCGGAGAAAUCUUCUGUCGAAGAAUUCAAUGCGUGGACGGCUGGCGCGACGCGUUGUGGCCAUUUGCGGACUCAAAGGCCAUGGAUGCGAUGAGAACGAUCGGAGUUUCCGUGGACGAUGCAGAGCAAUUGCGGACCGUGCUCGGGCACGAGACGGAUUGGGAUAAGGUCGGGGACAUGGGGUUGCAGGAAAGGAAUUCGAACAAGGCACAGCUCGUCCAGGAGCCCGGGGAAGCACAGGUCCAACUAGCGUUUGUGGUGGCCUUGGAGAGAGCGCUGGGCUGCGUGCUCGAGGGGAAAGUCGCGGAACUGCAAGAAGCGGCUGCUGCGGCGUAA